CCGGCGUCGAAGCAUCUACAGCUACUAUCGGGGCGAUUUCACAUACCGUCUUAUUAACAGUCGAAAUCGAUAUCAUCUUCACAUAAUAAUAUACAAUAUCGUUGUGUUAUCGUAUAGUUAGUACGCGCCGUGCGGUAAUUUUUGCGAUAACUCGAUACACCGGGUCCAGUGACAGUUCGUUUGGAAACGGUUUGCUGAUAGUAUAAUGGAUCGGUUACAUCCGGUGUUGGUGUGCGUGCUGGUGAUUUUAGCGUUGGGCGUUGGCCGGUCCAAAGCUUUCUGCGGGUUGAGAUCCGGUGACAGCGACGAAAGAGGCAACGUAAACGAUUUCAUCACGUGUCUCAAGGCAAAGGCGAUCGUGACACUUGACCGCAUGUCUCGAGACGAUUCGUUGCCCCUAACCGGAUCAGUGACCCUGGUCCACGGGGACUCAACUCACCGCCGACAAAGGUCGGAUCAGGGCCCAGUGGUUUCAGAACUUGAACUCCAGUCAAAACCGGACGACACACUCAACAACAUGCUCUACGACAAGGCGGUCAGACUUCUCAGUGGUCGAGUCGUUAAGGUCGGUUUGCCCGAAGUUACACCAGACCAGUUGAGAACAGCCCUGGAAGAAGGUCGUGGAAAAAUGAAGAAAACCAUGGGAAUGAUGAUGACGAUGGGCGCCAUGAAGGCGAUGAUGAUCAUACCGCUGGCUCUCGGCGUGCUGUUCCUACUGGCCGGAAAGGCGUUGAUAAUCAGCAAAAUAGCGCUAGUCCUGUCGCUGAUCAUCACGCUCAAGAAGCUCUUGUCCAAGUCUGGCGGUGGCGGAGGCGGCGAGCAUUUGGUGCACGAGUCCCACUCUUCCGGGUGGCCAUCGGGUGGAAGCUCGGGAGGCCAUGGGGGCGGCGGCUGGGACAAGAGGUCUGCGUCGCCGUCGUCGCUGUCGUCGGAGGCCGCUGCUGCUGCAAGUCAGAUGUUGGCUUACAGAUCGUACAUCAAGCCAUGAUUGUUUGAAGAUGGAAUUACAAAAGUUCAAUAAUUAUUGAACCACGUCAUUCGACAAUGCGUGUACGUCACGCACUGUAGUCAUGACGCGAUUAUUUAUUAUAUUAACUAUUAUAGUAUUUAUUAUUAUUUAUUAUCAUCAUUAUAUUAUAAUAACUGUUGUUCGUUUACGAAAGGCUAAUUUCGUCAAUCUUUACUAUAAUAUGCAUUAAACUUCCGAGUCCUGACACUACGGCGCCACUGUACCUACGGGAAAUAUUGAUCAUAAUAUUUUAACGAGACGCUGUUUUUGUACUGUUAUCAUAGGACAUUACAAUAUUUAAAUAGUUUAUCCAUCGUUCGUCUUUUUUAAAAUUUUUUAUGUUCUAUCGCGUGUCAUUUUGUUACGAUAUUUUAGUACUUUUUGCGUUGAUUUAUAAUAAAACGGACUGUCGAUCAUGAUGUUACUGUCGUAUGGUUGUAAAAGAUAAAAAUUGUUCUGUUAUUAUAUUAUUAUAAUUGGAUAUAAUAUUUAAAAUCAUUUUGUAAAAC